AUGACAACUACCAAUUUCAUUUCAUCAUUGGAUCAUCCAAUUAGAUUGGGAAUAUGUGCAAUGGAAGACAAAGUAAAAAAUUCCAUCCAUCCAUUUAUUAAUCAACUAACUUUAUUAAGAUCAACACCAAUGAAGGUUUUCAUUCAAAAGAUUCAAAAGUUUCAAGAUAUCCAAAUCAAUAUAUUUACAUCCAAAAAUAUUGAAUCCCCUAUUGAGGAUUGGCCAAUUUGUGAUGCAUUCCUUUGUUUUUAUUCACAAGGAUUUCCAAUAGACAAGGCAAUCAGUUAUUGUGAUCUUAGAAAACCAUACGAGGUUAAUAAUUUAAAGACACAAAAACUUUUGACAAAUAGAAAAAAGGUUUACCAAGUAUUAGAAAAACAUAAUAUACCAACACCCAAAAAAAUAUUUUCAACAUGUUGUGAUCAUUCAUCUGAAUUUAUUGAACAUGAUGAUUAUAUAGAAUGCAAGGGAGAAAGAAUUUAUAAACCAUUUGUUGAAAAACCAUUUGAUGCCGAAGAUCAUAAUAUUUGUAUUUAUUACCCAAUGUCACAAGGUGGCGGUUGUAGAAAAUUAUUUAGAAAAGUUGGAGAUAAUUCCAGUUGUUUUGAUCCAAAUUUAAACUCUAUAAGAAGAGAUGGAUCAUAUGUAUAUGAAGAAUUUGUAGAAUUGGACGAUGCCAAAGAUGUAAAAGUAUAUUCCACUCCAGCAAUGGCAUAUGCAGAGUUGAGAAAAUCACCGUCUGUUGAUGGACAUGUAGAAAGAAAUAAUUUAGGAAGAGAAAUGAGAACUGUUACUUUACUUUCAGACGAGGAAACAUCAUUAUCAUUACGAAUUAAUAAUGCGUUUAAUCAGUUUGUUUGUGGAUUUGAUAUAUUGAGAACCAAUGGAGUGUCGUAUGUGUGUGAUGUCAAUGGAUGGUCGAUGGUCAAAGGUACCAACCAAGACAAGUUUUACGAAGAAAGUGGCAAACUUUUGGGUCAACUCUUGCAAUCUGUUUUUUCACAGGCCACCACACCCGACAUUAGAAUCACCAACCAACCAAUACUACCAACUCCAUCACUGUCAUCAUCAUCAAAUACUAUUUUUUCUUAUAUAGGCAAUCAUGCCCCUUCUAAAUUCCACACCAACAAUUUAAAACCAUUUUGUACAAAACUUCCAAGUCGAUAA